AUGGAUAAAAAGUCAGUUUUUUGUAUUUGUCUCAUGCUUCUAAGUAUGUACCAAGUCGAAGUAAAAGGUGAGAUUAAUUUUAACAGCUUACGUUCGGUCAAAUUGCAUUUUUUGCUUACUUAAUUAUCGAUGCAGCCGAGCGAUUUUACACAUGAACGGACAGACAACUGAUAGUAUUUUCUCCUUAACAAACGUCAGUGGAACAAUGAUUUUGACUAGGUUGACUUUUGGACAGGAAGUAUUGAACUUCUAUGUGUUCAGGAGAUUGUGAUUCCAGGGUUUCGAAUCUUCUCUAUAGAAUCAAUAUAAUGCUUAGUCAGGAAUUUGCUCCUUUCGGUACACAAUAUGAAAACAACACAGAAUAAUCGAGGGUAGCAAAACAGAUAGAACUCUUAAAAGUAUAGUAAACCACUUCACCACUUCCGGCACUCACGAGCUAGUAAAAUGUUUGCAUUUCUGUUAAUCUGCAUUUCUCACAGGAUAAGAUCAGUGGCUUUCUCAGUCAAAACUAUCGGAUGUAAGAAGUAAGGUAACAUCAUGCAUUCCCCAGUGCUGUAUUUGCUUUGUCCCUAAAGAUUAAUCGCUCGUUUCUCGGAAAAGAAUCUCGAAUUCUCGGAAAAGACAGCCCUGAGAGAUGACAAAAACGCAAACAAAUCAUCUUUUGGCGUUUCUCUUUGUCUAGUUGAUGCCACCUAUGCAAUUUUAUAUUCUUUUUGAAGCUAAACGGAAAGGAAUUUUUACUUCCGAUCUUUGCCUAAUUUGUCAUUAAUCAAUUUUGACAAGAGCCAAAUUAUUCUAAAAUGAAUUUUGUUGACUUCAAUGGUAGCUGAGUUUUUCUUUAUCUUUUCAUUUUUUUUUGAUGAUCUUACGUCCACGCAAGCAUGCGCAAAUUGUUUGGUGAUACUGAAGUUGUUUUUACAUACGGAUUUUCACGCUAAGAACGAGACCGGUAAAUUCAUAUCCGUCAUCCGUAUGGUUCGAUUCACUCGACUCUUAAUUUGUCACACAAUCAAAUUAAAGCCUUCGCCCUCCGAGUUUACCGCACCUUGUGAAUUGCUUUUUAGCUCUGUUUUCAUUGUCAUUAAGACCAAGACUAAAACAACGAACAACGUUUCUUCAAGGUUGUGUAAGAGCUGCAUUUUAAAGUGACUGGACAACUGAGUAUUUUACCUGAGCUCAUGCAACAAACCUACCGUUUCACAAAAACGUAUUAAAAGACAAGGGUUUUUUUUUUAGAUGUUUGAUAUUCUUAAUGUUCUUGUUCAUUUCUGAAGAAAGUAAAGUAGAGGGUAGCUAGAAGCCUAAAGACAACAUCAACAACUCGUGUUAAGCUAGCUUGCUCAUGCAGGCUAUAAUAAUAAUAAAAAAAUCACAGGACUAGUCAUGAAAACUCGCAUUCUGUAUAUUUAGAUUUUGUCCCUUGGCGAGAAAUAGAGAAUAUUACACGGUGGCGAGAAGAUAUGAAUUUUAUGUUCGAGUGGCAAGAACAAUAUCUCACGAGUGAGCGCAGCGAACGAGUGAGAUAUUGCUCUUGCCACGAGAACAUAAAAUUCAUAUCUUCGAGCUAACGUGUAAUAUUCUUUUUAUUAUAUAAACAUACUAAUGACGGCGUUUUUGAUGAUUUUCCGAAGAUUUCCGACCACCUUUCGAAGAUUUCCGAAGAUUUUUCAAAUUGUCCCGAAGACCAGACGAACGUUCCCGAACAUUUUCCGAGAAUUUCCGAAAAUUUCCGAAGAUGUCCGAAGAUUUCCGAAGAUUGCCGAGCACUUUUGAGGAAGACCCGAAGAUGUUUCGAUGAUACACCAACGAAUUUAGGUACAAUUUAAGAGACAAACCUGAUGUCAGUGAAAUUAUCGAUAUCUUCACAUGUAAAAAUAUCGUAUUUUUACGUGUGUUCAGAUACCACAUUUCUCGGUGAUAGAAAUCCUUGUAAAACACUGCAGUUUAUAUAAUAAUUUUAUUUAUCACUCGAUGCAAUACAAAUAACUAACUGCCCACAAAUAAUGGUCUGCUCAUGCACAAUGGCGUCCAACUGCGUUAAGCUGCAAAUAAUAUUCUGCUCUUGCGUAAAUGAAACCUCUCUUUUCUUCUUCUUGCGAUCGCUUGGCGUGAAAAUGCGCUUACCACACUUCCCGAAGAUGAUCAUUGAAAAAAAAAAAAACUCCGUGACCGGAUGAUAAAACAAUUUUGAACUCGAUUUUAUCGCAAAAUAUCCUGAUCUGUCCGAAGGCUGAGGGAAAUAAUUGAUCUACUCGCCACUGACAAAUCACGAUAUUUUGAUAACCUCUUCCAAUAAUGAUUAAUUAUGUACUAAUUUUUAUUUAAUCUUUUUUAAUUCACUACGGCUCAUUUUGAAACCUCCGUUUCCUGCGAUACAUAUCAGGAGAGGACAGUGACAGCGAUGGAAAAGGCUGGUGCUUCUUUGAGUACGUCAUUGGUGCAGUGGUGUUCGUUUUAGUUGUUGUUGCAGUUCCUUAUGUCAUUGGCGCCGUUGGGUUCACACCUGCCGGAAUAGCAGCGUUGUCGAUUGCUGCAUAUGUUCAGUCCGUCUUCUAUGGAGCAGUAGUUGGACCAGGUUCUCUUUUUGCGUUUCUCCAGAGUGCUGGAGUCGUUGGACUUGGCUGGCUGUCAAAACUGUUUUUAGGUUCCACUUUUGGGUGGCUGGCAACAUAUUUGCCAAACAUGGUCUAUCGUCUGCUUUAUGGGGAACAGGAGUGA